AUAUUGAUAGUGAAUCUCGUAUUAUCUUAACUUUAAAUAUGGAAAUUGAACAGUCGACUUGCCAUUUUAGUGAGGUUGUAGAAAGUGAAGAGAAUGAAAGGCUGAAUAACUCAGCGGAUGUUCAAACCUCUAUGAACGAUUCGUUCACGUCUUGCACGGGCUCCGAGAAUAACGACGGUGAAAAUCCAUCUGCCGGUGAUCAUGAUCAAUAUAACAAUGAUGAUGGUACUAAUAAUGUUACUAUUAAUAAUAAUAGCAUUGAUGAAGGUGACAGCAAGUCUCAUAAAAAGAAAAGGUGCAGACGCAAGAGAAAGGCAGGAGAGCACCACAAAUCCUAUAAGAACAGCUGGGAUGAAGAGAGCGAUGUCCUGUUUGACACACAACACACUGUGAAGGUGUACAAAGGUUUCAAUGGUAGAAAUCAAACCGUUGUUCAGCCGAGGGCUCCAAACAACACUAAUCAGUUCCUGAUGGAUGACCACUGCCUUCAAUCCACUCCCAGUCCAUUCUACGAUCGAGCAGUCAAUAAAGAUCGUGCCAAAUUGCGGAAAAUGUCCAUCGGCGAAGAUCCAACCAGCAAUACUUUUGAAGAAGACAGAUCACUCAGCGAUUCCGACUCAAGCACGACCAGAUUAAUUGGUUCCGAAGUAGACUGCUGUCAGGAGGAUGACGAUGGGUACAUGUGCACAGAGUUCAUCAAGGAGUAUGAGAACUAUCGCAUUAGCAUGCUGCAAGCCAUGAACAAGGAUGGGCUGAUCAAAGAAUGUCUUCGCCUCGACGUGCAGCUCGAGGACUGCCAAAAGACUAUCAGGAGUCUCAAGAAGAAGUAUAAUGAUUAUAACAGCAACAAUGUAAGUAGCAAUAAUGGUGAGCCUCAUGAUGAAGAUGGUAACCUUAAUGUUGUUGAAUGUUCUUCACCGUCUUAUCACCACCACAUCACUACAAGUAACGAUGAUAUCAUUCUUGAUAGCGAUUGUUAUUAUACUAGUAAUUGUUUAUUAGGUCUUGGUGACAAUAAUAAACCUAAAGAAAUUGGUUGUUGUGGUGAUAGUGAUGGGCAGACGACAAUUACAACAGCUGUCGAGUCGACUGAAAUUACGGGAACGACUGCUGUGUCUCAUGCCUCUGGUCUGGUUGAUCAAUUUACUGAUGAACACAAUCUCAAAGAAGAACACAAUAUCAGAUCGACGCAAACAACGAUAGCUGGUGCAACAGUGGUAUGACACUGGCUCGAAGUGCUGGAGUUUCUUGCUUUUUUCUUUCUUUUCCUUUCCAAUGUAUAUCAAAUAGGCUUAUUAUUAUUUGCAUACAUGUGUGUAUGUAUGCCUGUGUUAUACAAUGAGAGUAGUUUUAAAUUCGUACUUUUUCAUGUACCUAUAUGUAUAUAUUUUUUUUAAUUAUUCUCUAAAUUGUACAUAGGUGCGUGUGUUUUUGUAUUUGUUAUUUCUUCAAAAAGUGUCAUUGCACGAUUUUAUUUUUGGUUUAUGUUUAACGAUUGCCUGUGUAUCGUGCGUAUGCAUAUACGUGCAUACCUCGAGCGAUCGUUAUGCUUUUUGAAUUAACUCCUGUUUCAACAAAAAGGCGUAUAUUUCCAUUUUUGCCAUAUGAAAGUAAACUUGUUAAUGGAUACUGAAAAUUUUAGAUCGCAUUUGUCAGUCAUGUAGUAAACGUUCGGCGUUAUUAAUUAAUUUUACAUUGAAAACUAUUUCAUCGUUUGUAUAACAAACAUCAUAUGUAUAAAUAUAUUGAUAGAUAUGGUUAAAGCAUUGUCAAUGUAUGUCUCUUGUUACUUAUCAGCGGGUGGAUGAUUUAGACGCUCUGGAUUUUUUUUCUUCUUGCUAAACGCAUUUAAAAUUAAUUUUUAAGUUUAACAUUUUGCAUCAUUUGAUUCAAAAGUUUGUUACUUAAGAUCAUUCACGUUGAAAAGCCACAAAAUUUAAUUGUACAUUGGUUGUAAUAUUCAAAAAAAUAUUCAAAAAUAAUUAA